AAAACCACAAAAACAACGGCCAAAGCACAAGCAAAAAGCGCCAGCCGGUGAUGGUUAAAUUUUCAGUAUAAAAAAUUCGCCAAUGUAUAUUUAAAGCCAAAAUCCAAAUACGCCCGCGACGCCCCAAGGACUGUAAGCCCAGGACCGAGUGCGGCGUACCCCAAAGUUAACCGAUCACGAUUCGUUACGUCCGCAAUUCGUAUUGCCACCGUUCUAUUUGACCCGCAUGACGUAGUUUUGCGCUAAACCGCGGAGCACCCCCACCAAUAGAAAACAACCGAUCGGAAUCUAUAGCCAGAUACUGACGCAGCGCGCCGUUGCAGGAUGCUGAUGCGCGGCGUGCAGGUUCUGCAGCGAAGACACCAGCAGUUUGGGAGGGCUUUCAGUCAGGGCUCCUUGCACCAUGAAGCCCGAAAUCCUUGGAAGCGCAAUGACAGCGAGUCCACCAAGGUUCCCCCCUGUAAGCGACCCGGCAUGUUUCUUCAGUUUCGCUGCAGCGCUAGUGGCAGUGACUCGAAAAAGAAGGAACAACCGGGGGUGCAAGAGAUCACAGGUUCAGUGGCCCAAGCGAAGGAAAAGCAAACGAGGAACUUAGAGGUGAAGACAACAAAGGGCAUUCUUUCUAUCAGUACCACCAUAGAGGACUCUAAGAUCAACGAGAUCGUGUUUGAAAAAUCCGAUCUGCCUCCUGUGUCAAAGCUAAAGGAACCGGCUCUAGCAGCAGCUGCCAUCAGUCUGCGGACCAGCUCUUCUCCAGCUGGUACUGGCGCAUUACCAUUGGGUGGAGGUACCUUUAAAAAUCCGCCUGAAACAGUAAAACCGCCAUCCACUCCAACUGCUAUAGCUGCAACUGUAUUAGCUUCAAAGACAGAAGUACCUCCUACAGUCCCACCAGUAGAGUCUCCAUUGCCUGUAAUUCCACCAAAGCGACCACGAUUUGAUUAUCGCGCUUCUCUGGAACGCAACUUUGUGACUCCAAAUCGGGCCAUAAGCGACUUCUUGCUGACCGCUGCAGAACUUGAAAGCCUUCCUAAGAUUAAGCGAAGAUCACCGUACGAACAAGAGCCUCCUAUGACGGUAUAUUGGCGACGAGAUGUGGAGGCCAAGGCCGUUGAAGUGUGGGGCUCGAAGGAGAACCUAUUGCGGGAGCGACUUAAGCGAGAGGUGGAACGCAAGCAGUACCAGCAGAUCUAUGACUCCGCAGAUCUUUUUACUGUCAAACGGCGGUUGCGCGACUACCGCAGAGAGAUGGGAUCCCGCACCAAAGUGCUCGACAGCCGCAAGGAAACGGAGAAGUCCGGACAAGUAGUGGCCACAGCCAUUGCUAUCAAUGCGGCUAAUUUGCUCUUCAAGGCAGGAGGCUGGCUUUACAGCGGUUCCCACAGCAUGUUUGCUGAGGUUAUUCAUUCGUUGGCCGACUUGAUCAACCAGCUCAUUCUUGCAUUUGGCAUAUACAAGUCGUCUCAGAGUCCGGACAUCGAUCAUCCUUAUGGAUAUAUGAAUAUGCGAUACGUUUCCUCUCUGAUCUCGGGUGUAGGCAUCUUUUGCGUUGGCUGUGGACUGUCGAUCUACCACGGCAUAGAUGGUAUAUUGCAUCCAGAACCCAUCACAGAUCUGUUUUGGGUAUACUGCAUCCUAAUGGGAUCUCUAGUUUCUGAGGGAGCCACUUUGGUGGUGGCUAUCAAUGAGCUUAAACGAGCAGCUAAGGAAAACAAUAUGACGUUCAAAGACUAUGUGAUUUCUGGAAAGGACCCGUGUGUGAAUGUGGUGCUCUGCGAAGAUGCUGCUGCUGUAACUGGUGUCAUGGUAGCUGGAGCAUGUAUGGGAUUGAGUAGCUACACAGGAUCUCCCAUUUUUGAUGCCGCUGGAUCCCUGGUUAUAGGUGCUCUCUUAGGUGCCGUAGCGUCCUUUAUCAUUUACACAAAUGCGAAUGCCCUAGUGGGAAUUUCCAUUGCUUCCGAGCGACUGGAAAAGAUAAAUUCUGCUUUAGAGGCUGAUGUGAUGAUUCGAGCUAUUUACGAUGUCAAGGGCAUCGAUAUUGGAAACGCUCGAGUCCGCUACAAGGCUGAGCUCGACUUUGAUGGUCGCGAGCUGACGCGUUCGUAUCUGGACAAACAGGAUCUCGCUAAGCUGCUUACGACGGUACGAGGCUUCCAAAAGGUUGAGGAUCUGGAGGGCUUUUUGCUGGAUCAAGGCGAAAACAUAGUGGACCUGAUGGGCGGCGAAAUUGAUCGCAUCGAGAUGAAUCUGCGGACGCAAUUCCCGGAAAUACGGCAUGUGGACCUGGAAAUACUCUAAACGUCCUCCAUUUGCAUGGGGGUCUGUUAAAUCCAUAAAGCAUUGGGUGAUUUGGUUGCUUUCUCUAAGAAAUUAUUGCCUGUCUAGCUUAUAUUUAUUUCCCAUUGUGUACUUCUAGAUGUAACAUUUAAAACUAAGCAUUAAAAGUGUAUUUUGCAGCGGGCUAGACAGGAGCCCGAUGGUUCGAAGGAAGUUAAUCUGUUUUCAAAGUAGUUUGUUGAAUUAUAAAGAGUUUUCCGUAGAUAUUCCUUCACCGGAUCCUGUGUACUAUAAAUAAUGUAAACUAA